AUGAGCUCCUCCUCUAAGACUAGAACUCGCCUCACCCAGCAGCAGAAGCUGCGUCUGAUCAAGAAGGCUGAGAGCUCCCCCACUGUCAAGUAUGAAGACCUGGCCCUUUGGGCCAAAGUCGAGUUCGGUCUGCAAAGUCCCCCUGGGAAAGCCACGAUCGGCCGCAUCAUCUCGGGGCGUAUCGCGCUGUUGCGCCAGCCUCACGAAAGUGCUCAGCGCAAGAACAAGCCGUCUCCGUUCCAGCUACAGACCGAUCAAAACAUCGUCGACGGUGCAAUGAUCGUCUUCUAUGCUACGGUGCUAGCCAAGAAGUUGGGCACCCCUAGACAUACAGUCGACUUACCAACUGCCAUGAAGUGGUGCGAGUCUGCGUGGGAUAAUGUGUCAGCUUCUACGAUUCAGAAGUGCUGGUUGCACUCCACGCUCAUUAGUAAAAGCAGUGUGUCAUUUAUUCUUAACUAA